GUCCUGACGUCACGUCCCAGAGACACGCCCCCUGCUUCCUUGCCGUUUGAAAAGCCUCGUCAAAGCGCCGCUGUAGAGAGAUGGCAGCUGCGGGUUUUGAACCCGGUGCCGGGCGGGGAAUCAUGGCUGCAGAACAAGAGGCUGAAGAAACUGUUUCUCAAGAGCUGCACAGCGCCUCUGAGCUGAGAAUCGUGCUGCUUGGGAUAAGCUGGGCUGGAAAGAGUGCAGCAGGGAACACCAUCCUGGACAGAGAGGAGUUUAGAUCCGGAUCCAGCUCCUCUGCAGGAACAAAGGAGUGUGAGAAGAGAACAGGGGAAGUGUCUGGGAGACGGGUCACUGUGGUCGACACUCCAGACUUGUUAGACACAGCCCGGGUCGAGAUUGAGAGAUGUGUUUCUCUGUCUGCCCCGGGACCCCACGCUCUCCUCCUGCUGAUACGGGUUCAUUCAAAAGAAAUGAUUGACAGUGCAGCGUGGAAGUCUACAUUAAAAAAGGAUUGCAAAUCCUUUGAUAAAGUCCAGGAGCUGUUUGGUGAGAAAGCUGUGAGGAACACGAUGAUCCUUUUCACACGUGGGGAUCUUCUGAGAGGCAGGACGAUUGAGCAGUACAUUGAGGAAGCUGGUGAGGAGCUCCAGCAGCUUGUUGAGAAAUGUGGGAACAGGUAUCAUGUUCUCAACAAUAAGAACAGGAGCGAUCGCACUCAGGUCACACAGCUCCUGGACAAGAUAGACAACAUGGUGAAGGGAAGUGGAGGCUGCUACCUCCCAGUAUCAUCUGAGAUUUACCAGGAGGUAGAAGAAAGGAUUAGACUAAAGGAACAGGAGCUGAAUGAGAAACACAAAGAGGAGCUGAGGAGGAGAGAAGAGGAGAUGAAACAGAAAUAUGAGGAGGAACAGAGGAGGAGAGAAGAGGAGCUGAAACAGAAAUAUGAGAAGGAACAGAGGAGGAGAGAAGAGGCGAUGAAACAGAAAUAUGAGGAGGAACAGAGUAGGAGAGAAGAGGAGAUGAAACAGAAAUAUGAGGAGGAACAGAGGAGGAGAGAAGAGGAGCUGAAACAGAAAUAUGAGAAGGAACAGAGGAGGAGAGAAGAGGCGAUGAAACAGAAAUAUGAGAAGGAACAGAGGAGGAGAGAAGAGGCGAUGAAACAGAAAUAUGAGAAGGAACAGAGGAGGAGAGAAGAGGAGAUGAAACAGAAAUAUGAGGAGGAACAGAGGAGGAGAGAAGAGGAGAUGAAACAGAAAUAUGAGGAGGAACAGAGGAGGAGAGAAGAGGAGAUGAAACAGAAAUAUGAGGAGGAACAGAGGAGGAGAGAAGAGGAGAUGAAACAGUAUAAAUGUGUAAUCAUGUAAAUGACCUGUAUUUUAUUAUUAAAAUAUACUGAAAUGUCCAUCCGUAGUCUAAACGUGAUUUUAAAUGUCAGCUUUACUUACCAAAGGGUAUACAUGUAAAAGUUAGAUUUUUAGUUUUUCAAACAUUACUUAAAAGAAUAACUUUAAAUAUCUAAUAAUAAUAAUAAAAACAUUUUAAAAACGUACUCAAUAGUAAUGGCCAUUUCAAAUUGGGAGAAAAUAAUAAAAAAUAAUUGGCAAUGACUAAAUUAAAAAUAAAUAAAUAAUAAUGAUCUAAAAAUAAUAAUAAAAACAUUAAAAAAAUGUAAUACGCUUUUCCGCCAAAAUGUGUUGCAAGUUAUUGCUAUAAUUAUGUUUAAAAGGUUUGAUGAUAUUUCAUGUCUAAAUGUGUCUGGUAUAAGUUCUGAUGUUUUGCUUGUAUCUUGUGAUUAAACAAAAUCAUUUUGAAAUUUCAAGUAGUGUUUUUUUAU